AUGCCCCGGGGCUGCCUGGGGCCUGAGGAGGGGGAGGUGUUCCCGGCCUCUCCUCCUCCGGAGUCCCGGCCCCCAGGCCUCCAGCCCCCUCCUCCAAGGAUUCGGGAGUCUGAGUUCCCAGCCCCCGCCUCCUCCAGGAACCCAGAAACCCAGGCAGCCGAGGCGGCCUCCUUCUGGGACCCUGGCUCCUGGCCCCAGCCGUCCCCACCCUCCCGCCCACCAAUCCCGCUUUCCGCAGACUCACGGCUCCGGGGCUCCCGCGUCGCAGGGCAGGGGCUCCCCGGCCAGCCCCAAGGCCGCGCCGAGUCUGGCCCGCCGCCGCCCGCUCUCCAUCCUCUCCCCGCCUCUGCCGCCCGACGGCCUCUCCCCUUCCUCCCCGCGGCCCCGCCAUCCUCCUUCCCUCCUCCCGACUCCCUCCGGCCCGCGUCUCCGCCCGGGACCCCGCGGGCCGGCCCCCUCCCUGGGCGCCCCCGCCCCGGCCCCUCCCCGCCGCCGGCCGGGCCCGGCCAGCCUCCCCCGGCCCCGGAGCUGGCCCUGGUCCAGGGGAAAAAAUUCCAUCCAGCCCCGGGGAGGAGGCGCGGGCGGGGGAGGGAGCGCGCGGGGAGGCCGGCCGGGAGCGUGACGCAGGGCGGAGGGAAGGGACAAAAGGGGCCGGGGCGGCGGGGCGCCGCGCUCCACUUCUCCCUCCCUCCGCCUCCCGCGGCCGGCCCCGCUCGCCCCUCUCCGCUUUCUCCCGCGCUCUCCACCUCUGCUCCUUUGCCGUCUCGCCGCGGCGGCCGCCUCCUGCGCGACGGAGCUCUCAGUCUGAUGGAGGAGACAGCCCCCGACGCAGACAGUUCCAAUCCAGGGCGAUCGGGCCCAAAACAGGGCCUGGCACAUGGGAGGUUCCAGGAAAUAUCAUUUGGAUGAACAAAUAAAUGCUCA